AUGCUCUCCUCCAACACCAUCUACGGAUGUUAUCUAGUCUUCAAGCUGGAUCGAAAUAGUUACGGACUCGAAUCGUCCAAUGCAUUUGUGAGAUUCAUGAAUGAUAAAGUCGACGGCGAUGAUGAGAUUCUGGAUCACUUCAGGCGGGAGAAUGCUCGCGACCACCACAGCCGGACUGGAGAGGCGCCGGUAAGGAUAGGCGACGGCUUGACUGAGAUUGCUGAGGUGCACCUCCAACGCCCAACUGGAAAGUCGGAGUCCCCCGGGAAACAGAACUCGUGGGGUAGAAACUACCGACCCCAUGGUCGACGGAGACCCAGCCCUCCGCCGGUAAGGAUAGGCGAUGGGUUUAUGAAGAAGGAUGAGAUGCAACGCGCCAAUGGUUCUCAGAGUGGAAGAGUGGCUGUGAGGAGAGGCGAUGGAUGGAUGGAGGUGGAGUGGGAAGCUUCUAUAACGAUCGAGGUGACGACGGCGUGGUGGAGACAUGGCUGUUGGGGAAGGAAGGCCAUCAAUGGAAGUCGGGUCUCAUCGUUCAGGAUAUACACUUCGGUUCAAGGAUUUGAGAAGCCAGAAAGCGAAGAAAUAGAGAGUGCAAGGUCAACCGGAUCAAAUCAAGAAAUGAGCGAAAACAGCAUGAAAAAGAGCCGAGUUGAUCCGUUGAAGUUGCUGAACUGA